AUGGCCGCCAGUAGAAAGGUCACAAAGAACACAGACAAUGCGAUAUCUUCUGAACAUACAACAAUCAAGAAUUUCUCAACACUUUUGAGCAAAGAUGAUAUGGAAAACAAGAAUGUGUCCACAGAUCAAUGUAUGUCAGGUAAAGAUAUAUCUAACAACUGUAUUUCUAAAUUGAAUAACCAGAAUAUUGAAAUAACAGGUCUGUCAAAGCUCAAUCCUAUGCGUGUAAAGAACGUUCCAGUGCGAUCACGAUAUGCAUUAUUUUAUAACGUCUGCACACAAAAGCAUGUUACUGACGUUACUACCACUGGUUGCCAUUUACGCCACCGUGACCGUAAACCCAGUAGAAUACAGGUGAAAUGGUUAACUAGGAAGUUUGGAAAAAGUCGAUUGUUGAGAAAACGUCUCAGACAUAAGAUCAAAAGGUAUGUUACCAAGAUCGUCUCAUCUUCAUUAUAUAGUAGAGAAUAUUAUGCAUUGUCAAGACAUUAGGAUGAAGUGUAUCCCUGAUGUUUACUGCCCAAGGAAGGUUCACAAGAAAUGCCGGAUAAACCGUCCAGCAAAAGAUUUUAAAUUCUAUAUUUGUGAAGGAAUUCUUGCAGAUAUAUUCUAUUUAUCAGGUUCGACUCAUGAUUCAUAUGCACAACAAGUAUACAAAAAUGUCAACCAUUUAAAGAAUGUCUGCCAGUCAGUUAUUAUUAUUAUUAUCAAAACAUGGACGAACUGCGUGAACGUAGCAGGCGAUGGGGAAGGAAUCAGGAUUUCAUCAAAACAUGAGCGGGUAAAUGUAUUAAAGUUUUUUGUUUAUAAUAAAACUAAUGUAUAUCAUUUUGGUUUGUGACUAUUUUCGAAGACAACACUAUUUUUAAUUCCUGUAAAGAUUCAUAUAGUGCACAAAGCAUCACGGUUCACUGUGGUUCUUUAAUCAAUAAACAUUUUUGAAAAUAAUUUUGAAGCAAAUGAUAUAGCGAUAAUACAAUUAUUAAACGACGUUUCGAUUCUACAGCGGGCAUCGUUUUCAAGUUAUAGUAAUUAUAUUUAUAUUGCGUUGAUCUUAAUUAAUUAAACCGUUCGUGUCACGACGUUAGCAAAUUAUUGCGCAAUCAUGCAAAAUUUAAAUUUAUAUUAUGUAAUAAAUUCGGAGAAUUUGAUUGCUGGUAUUUAUAAUUGUAAUUGCAACUGUAGGGUUUAUGCUGCAGAUUUGGAAGGAGUUAAGCUUGACUUAUUCACGAGUCAAAAGAACCUAGAAAAUCUUGAGGCAAAAUUAGAGUUAGUCAAUGAAGUAUCUGUAGGCAAGCAAGAUCGGGUAAAUCAACUUAAACUCGCACUUUCUCUAGAGGAAAAAAAAUAUGCUCAACUAAGUUCUGAUUUGGGCUUUCUUGUUAGUCAAAGAAAUAUUGAAGUUGACGAUUUAAAUACAACAAUAACUUUCCUACUUGAAAGAAUUAAAACCGUCGAAGCAUUAAACGAUCAAUAA